ACAUUUAGAAGAUCAUGAAGUUCUAUCUGGAGGAGAUUAAUCGUCUUAAGAAGGCGGAUUUUGAAGAAGUUUUCAAAAAUGUCGUUGAGUGUUGUCCUGAAAUUUCUCAAACUGUGUCCAGCAUGCUUCCAUUCCCAACAUUUUCAGCAUUACUCAAUGCUUUCAUGGAGACUCUCGAUAAAAUGGAUCACAUAAAAAAGUUGAAAAUUAUCAAAUUACACCCACAUUUGGUGCCUGAAAUUAACAAGAAUCCCCUUACGGAUGAAUCAGCGUCGGAACAGUCAACAAUUGGUCUCAAUCGCAUCACAAAUGAGGAGAAGCGGAUCAUCUUGAAAGAACAAAUUGAAGCUUAUUGGGAGAAAUUUAACUUUCCCUUCGUGAUCUGCGUGAGGGAGUGCAAGACCAUUGAUGAUAUCAUUGAAUCUGUCCGCGAACGACUAUCCAGGACACCCGAUGAGGAGAUAAGGGUGGCAUUUGAGCACGUGAAGAAAAUAACAUCAUUCCGAAUCUCUGACAUGGUAUCACACUGAGAUAAUGGCGAAUUUGUACAAUAAUAAAGUUCAUAAAGUAUUGUUUUA